AUGUCUGCUCUAGUUACUUUGAAUAAUGGUUUAAAAAUGCCUUUAGUUGGUCUGGGUUGUUGGAAGAUCCCAAAUAAGGUAUGUGCCGAACAAGUGUAUGACGCUAUUAAACUGGGUUACCGUCUGUUUGAUGGUGCUACCGAUUACGGUAAUGAAGUCGAAGUUGGUCAAGGUAUUAGAAGAGCCAUUGAUGAAAAAAUCGUUACCAGAGCCGAUUUAUUUGUUGUUUCCAAGUUAUGGAACUCAUUCCAUCAUCCAGAACAUGUAAAAAUAAAUGUUAAGAGAAAUUUGAAGGAUUUGGGUCUAGAUUAUUUAGAUCUUUACUAUAUCCAUUUCCCAAUUGCUUUCAAAUAUGUUCCAAUCGAAGAAAAAUAUCCACCAGGGUUUUAUUCUGGUGUUAAAGAAGAAGCACAAGGUAUCAUUGGUACGGAAAAUGUUAGUUUAGCUGAUACUUAUCAUGCUAUGGAAGCAUUAGUAGAUGAAGGUUUAAUCAAAUCUAUUGGUAUUUCGAAUUACAAUGGUGGUUUAGUUCAAGAUGUUUUGAACUAUUGUAAAAUUAAACCCGUAGCUUUACAAAUUGAACAUCAUCCAUACUUGACUCAACCUCAUUUGACUGAAUUUUGUAAAUUACAUCAAAUUCAAGUGGUUGCUUAUUCCUCUUUUGGUCCUCAAUCGUACGUUGAAUUGAAAUCUGAUGUUGCCCUUGAAACCGUUCCAUUAUUUGAACAUCCAACUGUUAAGAAGAUUGCUGUGGCACAUGGUUCCAACAUCACCACAUCUCAAGUUUUGUUAAGAUGGGCUACACAACAGGGUGUUGCAAUCAUUCCAAAAUCAUCUAAGAAGGAAAGAUUAGUUGCAAAUUUGAAGAUUGAUGAGGCUUUAACAUUGACCGAUGAUGAAUUAAGACAAAUAAACGAUUUAAACAAAAAUCUAAGAUUUAAUGAUCCAUGGGACUGGAUGAAUAUGAAGUUCCCAAUCUUUGCGUAG